AUGGUCGACGAUUGCAAGACAGACGAUGAUACAACGCUUGUAGAUAGAAGUGAGGAUGACUCGAGAGUUGAGCUGGAGAGCACAACACUUGAGGAUACCGAGGAUGAUUCUAGUACAGUUGUUGAGAUGAUGCUGACCGUUGGAGCAGUCGAUGAAACCAGGAGAGACGACGAAAGCAUGACACUUGUAAUUGGAACAGAGCUUGACUCGAGAGUUGAGCUGGAAAGAACAACGCUUGAGGAAACUGAGGACGAUUCCAGAACAGAUGCGGACACAACGCUUGUGGAUGGAAGUACGGUAGACUCGAGAGUUGAGCUCGAAAGCACAACACUGGAGGAAACCGAUGACGAUUCCAAAACAGAUGUUGAUGGCAGAAUGCUGACGCUUGGCACAGUCGAUGAAAGCAGAACAGAUGAAGACAAAGCACUUGUUGAUGGAAGUAGGGUAGACUCGAGAGUUGAGCUUGAGAGCAGAACGCUUGUGGAUGGCGGAGUCGAUGAUUCCAGGAUGGACGUCGAUACGAUGGUAGCGGUUGGCAUAGUCGAUGACAUCAGAACAGAGCUUGACACAAUGCUUGACACCAAAGACGUUGAUUCGUAA